AUGUUGUCCAUAGUUAGCCUUCUGGUCGGAUUCGCGUCCAUCUACUUUCUCUAUGUCUUUCUUGGACCUAAGAAGGCAUCCGCACCACUGCCCCCAGGGCCUCCUCCAAAGCCCAUUAUUGGCAAUAUUAAAGACCUUCCGCCGCCCGGUUCUAAGGACUGGCAGCAUUGGUUGGAUCAUAAGGAGAAAUAUGGUCCAAUCAGCUCCAUCACUGUCUUCGGACAGACUCUUGUUGUCCUGAAUGAUCCCGACAUGGCCCUGGAGAUGUUGGAAAAGCGUUCUGCAAAACACUCUUCCCGACCCCAUCUUCCCAUCGCAGAGUUGUCCGGAUGGGACAAGACACUUGGUCUUCUCCCCUACAACAACCGGUUUCGCGCCUACCGAAAAGCCACGUACCGCGAACUCGGUCCGGCCAACGUAGCAGGUAAAUUCGAUGGGAUCAUCGAUAAAGAAGUUACUCGGUUCCUUCUGCGCGUGAUACAAUCACCGAAUAACUUGGUUGAUCAUCUUCGCAAAGAGUCUGGUGCGAUCAUCCUGCGGAUCGGAUACGGAUAUACCAUUGAGCCACAUGCGAGAGAUCCCCUGGUUGACCUGGUCGACAAGGCUAUGGACGACUUCUCUCAAGUCGUUCUCCCAGGUGCUUGGCUGGUUAAUUUUCUAAAAUACCUCCCCACCUGGUUCCCUGGAGGAAAGGAAAACCAGACAGCCAAGGAAUACAAGGACAGACUGUCCAUCAUGCACGACAAGACAUACGACUUCGUAAAGAGCCAAAUGGCAAAGGGUACACAUCAGCCAUCGUAUGUCUCCAGUCUGCUUGAAAAAGACACUGUUCUUCCUGGCUCGGAAGAGGAAAUCGUAGCCAAGUACUCUGCUGGAGCUUUAUACGGGGGUGGUGCUGAUACGACUGUCUCCGCUUUAUCGUGCUUCUUCAUGGCCAUGGCCCUCAACCCGACCGUUCAGAAGAAGGCGCAAGAAGAAAUCGAUCGGGUCGUAGGGACUUCCCGACUGCCCGACCUCUCCGACCAGAAUAACCUCCCCUACGUCAACGCCGUAUUCCAAGAAGUGUUCAGAUGGCACCCCGUCACCCCCCUCAGCGUAACCCACGCCUCUAGUGAGGAAGACAUCUUCAACGGCUAUCUUAUUCCCAAGGGCGCCAUCAUUGUUCCCAACGUCUGGGCCUUCACCCACGAUCCUACCAACUACCACAACCCCGAAGCAUUCAACCCCGAUCGGUUCCUCGGCGCAACCCCCGAGCCAGACCCCCGACUAUACGCCUUCGGAUUCGGCCGCCGCAUUUGUCCCGGUCGCUUGCUCGCCGAGAAGAGCAUUUUUCUCACUGUGGCACGGGCACUGGCGGUACUGGAUAUUAGAAAGAAGGUACAAGAUGGUAAGGAAGUGCCUAUUCGGGUGGAGUUCUCCUCAGGGACCAUUAGCCAUCCUGUUCCGUUCGAGGUGGAUCUGAAGCCGAGGAGUAAGGGGCAUGAGGAGUUAGUAAGGGCGGUGGAGAGGGAGUUUCCGUGGGAGACGAGUCAUGCGAAGGAGUUGGGGAUUUGA